AUGAUAAACUCCACUGAGUUUUCAUAUUUUACACUAAGUGCCUACUUUGACACAGGAGUUUUGAAAUACUUGUUUUUUAUGGUUAUUAUGUCUUUAUAUAUGUUAAUAGUUUGUUCCAAUCUUUUGCUGAUUGCUGUUAUCUGUAUGAACAGAAGCUUACAUGAACCUAUGUACCUUUUUCUGUGCAGCCUGUUUGUAAAUGAACUGUAUGGUAGUACAGGGUUGUUUCCAUUCCUUCUGGUUCAGAUCCUCUCUGACGUUCACACUGUUUCUGCUCCACUUUGUUUCCUGCAGAAUUUUAUUCUAUACUGUUAUGGAGGUGUAGAAUAUUUUAACUUAGCCAUCAUGGCUUAUGACCGAUACCUUGCUAUUUGUUUCCCUCUGCAAUAUAACACACGUAUGACAUUUAACAAGAUUACUGUGCUUAUUGCUGUAACAUGGCUUUGCCCUUUACUACUGUGUGUUGUGAUGACGUCCCUGAGUAGCUCCUUACAGUUGUGUGGGACCAUCAUUGAGAAAGUGUACUGUGACAACUACUCCAUUGUCAAACUAGCCUGUUAUGACACGACGGUUAAUAACAUCUAUGGACUCGUUGUUACUAUACUCUCGAUCUUUUGCUCUCUAAUUCUAAUCAUUUACACUUACAUGAAGAUUCUUAGAGUUUGUUUCUCUGGCUCUAAACAGACCAGACAGAAAGCUAUCAGUACCUGCACACCUCACCUCGCUUCUCUGCUUAACUUUUCAUGUGGGGCUUGCUUUGAAAUAAUACAGAGCAGAUUUAAUAUGAACAAUCUACCCAUUACUUUGAGAAUUUUGCUAUCAAUAUACUGGCUUACAUGCCAGCCAGUUUUCAACCCUUUGCUGUAUGGUCUAAAUAUGUCCAAAAUCCGCAUCAUAUGUAAAAGUCUUGUCUUUGCUAAAAUGUAG